UAAUCCCUUCGGCCACGUGCCGCAUACUUAAGCGCAGCGGUUUCGAAAUUAGAGAGUGAAUUGUUUCUAACGCCCCUCAUCUUUUGUCAUGUCGGCCAACGAUUAUUAUAACAACCAAGGGAAGCAGUAUUAUCCCCCUCAAGGUCAGACUUUACUGCUUGAAGUUGUAACGCCUGUCGAAAUAUUCUCAAACUGCGUUCACAUUGUUGUUAGGUCCCCCUCCUGGUCAGGGUGGAUACUACCCUCAACAACCUCAGCAAGCAUAUUAUGGUGGAGGUGGAGGCCCUCCUCAGGGAUAUCCCCAACAAGGUGGUUACCAACCUCAGCCUCCUCCACAAACCGUUUAUGUGUAUGUCCACGAAUCAGCUGUAAAUUCCAUCUCACCCGCAGAACCCUCAUUGUUUACAGACAACAACCACAGCAGAGCUCAAGCAGUAGUGGUGGAUGUGUUGCGCGUUGUGGAGCUUGGAUCGGACCAUUAUGUUUUGUAGAUUAUUUGCGUGUCUAUCAAUCGUUCCAUUAUCUCAUGGCCCUGUAUUUCUCUCAUCGUUUUAUGUUUCCUCCCUACCUUAAUUCCUCAUGUGGUGUUCAACACCCUGUAUCAUCGCCGUCAUCUGAGGAUGUAUUUCGGGUGCUGGGAUCGUCAAAUUCGUUGAACUACUUAAGAAGGAUUUUUGCAACAAACUGCGGCGUGCUCAGUACCGGCUGCUCGUAAAUGCUGGAUAUAAUUACACGGAAUAAAACAUGCACGAA